AUGGCGGACUGCGCAUGCAAGCUCGCCGUCGUUGCGAUCGACAAGAUCAUCAAAGGCAUCCGCAACUGCCAGCACAUCAACACCGACGUCGCGUUCUUCGUCAAGUUCCUGGAGACGGCGCAGAGCGUCAUUGAGAAUGUGAAGGAGGAGGACAUCCCGGGCGAGGACGCGCCGUCCGCGAUGUCGCGCAUCCAGGCGCAGCUGGACGACUGUUUGAAGGAGGCGGAGGCGCUGAUCGACAAGUGGAAGGACAAGCACGUCUUCGUCAAGUUCCUCAAGUCGGGCGUGGUCAACGUGCAGUGCGAGCGCAUCAUGAACCGGCUGCAGGCCGCGCUGUCGCUCCUCGCGGGGCACGCGGCCCUGGAGGGCGCCGCGGACGGCAAGGAGGUGAAGGAGUCGGUGCAGGCGGUGCAGCGGCAGCUCGACGAGAUGUCGCAGCAGGUGAUGGAGGCGCUCAGCGACGUGAAGCGGGACAAGGUCGCGCUGCCGAAGGGCAUCCUCCCCAUCGACGUGGACCAGCUGCGCGUGGGCAAGGUCCUGAGCGAGGAGGGGUCGUUCGGCGUCGUGCACGAGGGGCUGUGGAACGGGCCCGCGGGGUCGAUGCGCGUGGCCGUCAAGGUGAUCAAGGCGGCGCACAUGAGCGACGAGCAGCAGAAGGUGCUGCAGCGCGAGGUGCAGAACAUGGGCCGCGCGGUGCAGAUCUCGGACCAGGUGUGCAAGAUCUUCGGCGUGGCCAUGAGCAACAACCGCGUGCUGAUCGUGAUGAAGCGGUACGCGACGAGCCUCAAGAAGCACCUCAAGCGGGAGGGCCGCGGCCUCGCGCUCCCCGUGUGGCUCGGGCUCGCCAUGGACGUCACGUCGGGCCUCGUGGACCUGCACGCGGCCGGCAUCAAGCACUUCGACCUCAAGCCCGACAACAUCCUCAUCGACAGCGCCGGCCGCGGCGUCAUCUCCGACUUCGGCCUCUCGCGCGCCUCCGAGGGCACGCUCGGCGCCACCUUCCGCAACAACGCCUUCGGGACCCUCAACUACGCGCCGCCCGAGCAAAUGAACCGCACCGAGGACGGGUACCAGCCCGACCUGGGGUCCGACAUGUGGAGCCUGGCCGCGACGCUGAGCGAGGCGUACUCGGGGCAGCGCCCGUUCGACGGGUACAAGGAGAUGCAGGUCCUGUCCGCGGUGUGCAUGGUCGGCGAGACCCCGCAGGUCCCCGACACGCUCCCGGAGGCGGUGCGCAACGUGCUGACGCGGUGCUUCCUGCAGAACCCGGACGAGCGCCCGACGGCGCAGGAGGUCCUCGACGUCCUCCAGAGCAUGCGCGGGUCCGGGCGGCGGCUCCUGCGCGCGGUCCCGGCGAUGGAGAUGGAGGAGGUCGACGGCGAGCUCGACAUCCCCGAGGAGGGCGCGGCGGCGUCGAUGGCGUCGGGGGGCGCGACGGUCGAGACGCCCAAGUCGCCCGUGACGCACAAGUACACGCGCAAGGGCCGGCCGUCCGCGGGCGAGGACGGCCAGGACGGCGGCUCGAGCAACAUCGGCAAGGUGUUGCAGGUGGCGCAGGUGCGCAACUGGGCGGCGGACAUGUCGCGGACGACGGUGGACAUGGGCGGGGGCCUGCUGAAGCUGAUGCCGACGUUCGUGGACCGGCCGGAGAAGUACGUCGACGGCACGAAGGAGAUCGAGGUGGAGGUGGACGUGGUGAAAAAGGUGCCGAAGAAGGUGCCGGGGUGCUUCGGUUCGAAGACGGUCAUGGUGGACGAGACGUUCAAGGAGAAGCAGAAGCGGACGGUGCCGAACGAGAAGACGCGGUUCUUGAAGUGGGCGGUGCUCCCGGACCGCGUGUUUGUCCCGCCGCGCAACGGGCUGACGCUGCGGAACGGGACGGUCGUGGGGUUCAAGGAGGUGCAGGGGCAGGACAUCUCCGUGGACCCGAACGGCGGCUGCGCGAUCUACGUCGGGCGCGGGCAGGACCUCACCAUCGAGGCCGUGACGUUCAAGUGCUUCUCGCAGGAUUACCCCGCGCUGCGCGUGGAGGACGGGGGGCGCGUGACGCUGCGCGACUGCACGUUCCAGGACUGCGUGAUCGGCGCCGUGGCCACCUCGGUGGGCUCCGCGCUCGCGUGCCACGCCACGGCGUUCAUGGAGUGCGACCAGGGCCUGGUGGUGCAGGAGCACGCGGUGGCGGGGCUGACCGCGUGCGAGGUCGCGGGGUGCCGCGGCGUGGGCGUGACGGUCACGUCCGGCGGCCUCGUGGCGAUGGAGGACUGCGAGGUCGUCGAGAACGCCACGCACGGCGUGUCGGCGUCGGGCGCGGAGACCAUGGUGUGGAUGACGGGCGGCAAGGUCGAGGGGCACGAGGGGACGGCCGUGCUCGCGGCGAGCUCCGCGCAGCUCGUGGGCGGCGCCGUCGCCUUCUCGGACAACGGCAUGGGCGCGGACUACCACAGCGACGCCACGAUCCGCAUCGGCGGGGAGGCGGUCGAGGCGGUGGCGCUGCGGGACGCGGAGGAGGCCGUGCGCGGGCAGCGCAGGGAGAUGGCGCGCCGCGCGCACUGCUGCGAGAGCGUCGCGGGCGUGCAGACGCUCCUCGACGACGCCACCGUCGAGGAGAUCGACAUGGGCGGCAAGACGCUGGCCGUGGACAUGGCCGACGACACCACGCUGUUCACCGUGACGCGGCCGUCGGUCGUGCUCAAGAACGGCAAGUUCGAGGUGCGGCAGAAGGGCCGGACCGGCCCGCCGCCGCCCUCGUCCGCGGCCGCGGUGGACCCGUCGGACCCGCUGGGCAUCGGCGCCAACGUGCAGCAGCACGGCAGCCUCCCGACGUCGCCGGCCGGGCACCGCGGCUCGCAGUCGGCGCUGCCGGCGAUGGGCUCCCUCGCGCCGCCGACGCCGAUCGCCGCGAACGCCCCGGCUCCGCGCUGGGCGGUGUUCAACGCGCUGCCGUCGGCGCGGGGCCUGCUGCUGGAGGACGUCGUGAUCGCGGGCUCCGCGGGCGACUGCGUGCGCAUCGACGGCGCGGCGGACGUGCGGCUGAAGGGCUGCACGAUCUCGCACGCGAAGACGGCCGGCGUCCGCGCGCUGAGCGGCGCGCAGGUGGACGUCGAGGACUGCGCGGUGAAGGACUGCUGGGAGGCCGGCGUGGCGGCGCGCGGCGCGGGGACGCGCGUGAAGAUGGCGGGGACCGUGGUGGAGGGGGCGGUGAAGGUCGGCGUGGCGGUGUGCGACCGCGCGGAGAUGGAGGCGGUCGGCGGGCGCGUCGUGAAGAACGGCGUCGGCAUCGCGGUGGGGACGAACGGCGGGAUGACGGCGACGAACGUGCACGUGCUGGAGAACCGGACCGCGGGGGUGAUGGCGGCGGACGUGGGCAAGGUGACGCUGAGCGGGUGCACGUGCUCGGGCAACGUGCAGGGGCAGGGCAUCGUGGCGGAGGGCAAGUCGACGGUCCUGGCCGACGGGGUGUCGUGCAGCGGCAACCGCAUCGGCGUCAAGGCCGGCGGCGGGUCCACGGUCGAGGUGACCAAGGGGGAGGUGUUGAACAACACCUCCGGGAUGUCGUGCACGGGCAACGGGUCGACGCUCCGCGCCACGGGCACGGCGGUGCGCGACAACCAGGAGAACGGCGUCAUCGUGGUCGACGGCGCCACCGCCGAGCUCGCGGACGUCGAGCUGCGCGGGCACAACGUCGCGGGGCUGUACGUGGCCGACUUCGGCACGUCCGCGACGCUGGUCGACGUCCGGGCGUGCAAGAACAUGCUCAACGGCGUGUCCGUCCGCAAGGGCGCCAAGGCCGAGAUCCGCGGGGGGGAGUUCAACGAGAACGGCUUCCGCAUGGCCGUGGACAACGACCGCGCCGACAUGGGGCACGGGAUCCUGUGCGAGGGCGGGGCGUCGAGCCUGAGCGCGCAGAACGUCAAGUGCACGGCGAACGCGGACGCGGGGCUCGCGGCGGCGAACGGCGCGAUGGCGGCGACGCGCGGGGGCGAGUUUGCGCGCAACCAGUUUGGCGUGCUGGCGCUGAACAAGGGCAGCAAGGUGGCGGUGGAGGACGGGGUGUUCCGCGACAACGCGCGCGCGGGGGCGCAGGUGCAGCGCGACGGCGAGAUGGACCUGCGGCGGCCCGAGUUCAUCAACAACAAGGCCAAGGUGGACAAGCCGCUGUUUGGGUUCAAGCUCAACAUCAUGGACGAGGUCAACGCCGCGGUGGCCGGGGCCAGCGGGAUCGCGUCGAAGAUCGGGCACAAGAUCAACGCCGUGUCGCAGGCGCUCAAGUCGUGA